AUGAUUUUUGUAGAACGUCAAACUGAUACGGAAAAUGCGGCUUAUCUGCUUGCGAAAAUGUUGGGUAUACACAUCAGAAACAUUGGCAUGAUUCACGGUGGGAUGCAGCAACGGCAACGGGAUUACAUCAUGAACGGAUUUAAACAUAGUCAAACCCGUAUACUUGUGGCGACUGAUGUUGCAUCGCGCGGUAUCGAUUUUCCUGACGUGACAUGUGUUGUCAACUUUAUUGCGCCAAAAAGCAUUGAUAGGUAUUGCCAUCGAAUAGGGCGUACAGGAAGAGCUGGCCGCACAGGAGAUUCAUUCACAUUUAUUGGUCACUCUGACGGCUGCUUGGCAAAAGAUCUUGUGGGUUACUUGAAAAAAUGUGGGAUGGAGGUUCCGCAAAAACUCUUAGAUAUUGCUGGGAAAUACGUUCAAUAUGAAGAGCAACGUCAUUUGAGGCGUUCGUGGAGUGGACGAUCUGGACGAGGUUUCAAACGUCAGAAGCAAGAUAGCCCUGCGCCCUAUCAGAGUAGCAGCUGGUAA